AUGAAGGGGGCACCCAGCUCCCUGGACACCCUGCUAUGGGUCUACCACUUCCACAGCUCCACCGAGGUGGCUCUCCAGUCCCCGCUCCUCUCUUCCCUGGACCUCGCCCUGACUGCAGCCCGUGAAUAUCUGGAGCAGAGAUUCGAAGAGCUGAAGACUCUGGAGCAGCCGCCAGAGCCCCCAGGGCCCGGGAACGCCCCCGCCCUAGAGCCCACCCUCAGGCUGGUGGUCAGAGAAGCUGUGGCCAGCUUCCUGCGUUUCGGCGCCACCUUGAUGGAGAUCUCAGCCCUGUGGCUGCAGCGGCGGCGAGGAGACGGCGAUCACUGCAGCCGGGGCCCAGCCUCAGCCGCCGGAGAUCCGGGUCGAGCGCUGACCCGGGUCGCCCAGGCCGCGGGGCAGGGGGCUGGACAAGCGGGGGCUGUGAUGGGCGCGAGCGCCCGGCUCCUCCUCCAGGUGGCCUGGUUAUGCCUGUCUGGACGGGGUCUGCAGGGGUCCGCCUCCUUUCUGCAACAAUGGCAGCGCCAGCUGGGCCUGGGACCCCCGGAGGGACUGAGAUACUCGGGAGACCUCAAGGUGGCGACUAGCAGCAGCGCAGAGGACACGGGCCUGGAGGUGCCUCCGCUCUUCCAGCCCCAACUCCAGUGCAAAUAA